AAAACAGUAUUUGUGUUGACAUACAGUAAGUGUUGGCAAAAACAUUGCGUCAGUGAAUCUCAUGAGUGGUCAACACUAUUACCGCAUCAAUUGAUCCCAAUUGUCGGUGAAUCUACUCUUCACCGUCACAUCCGAUUCAAUAACGGAUUCAAUCGGACGCGCAAUACGUAUACUUCGGAUUAUUAACCAAUCAUUUGUUAGUAAAUCAAGAUUAAUGCCGAAGUUUUACGCCGUCCGACGCGGACGACAACCCGGUAUAUACAUGUCGUGGGAUGAAUGUAAGACUCAGACCACUGGUUACGCGGGAACUCAGUUCAAGAGUUUCAAGACACGCGAAGAAGCGGAACAAUUCAUGAAUAGUAGUAUAAGUGAAAUCAGAAAACCAUAUGUCGUGUCAAAUAGGAUUCAGCGAAGUGGAGACCAAAGUGGAGACCAAAGUGGUGAUAGUAAUGACUCUUCAGAUAGACUUUGCAUUUAUACAGACGGUUCGUGUCAUGGAAAUGGUUUUCGUGGCGCAAAAGCCGGCAUUGGUGUCCACUUUCCCAAUAAUUCCGAAUGGGAUAUAAGCGAGAAAUUGACGGGUCGUCCGACCAACAAUAGGGCUGAGAUUAUGGCGGCCACUCGUGCCUUACAAGUGGCCAAACAGAAAGGGUUUACGAAAGUUGAAAUAAAAACGGACAGUCAGUUCAUGAUAUCAUCGAUCACUGAGUGGUGUCCCGCAUGGCGUAGAAGAGGAUGGAAAAAGAGUGACGGAUCUGAUGUAAUCAAUAAACAGGACUUUAUUAAACUGGAAGCAGAAGCACAAGGAAUGGACAUUAAAUGGGUUAAAGUGAAAGCACAUCGCGGAGAGACAGGCAAUGAAAUGGCCGACCAGUUAGCUAACAAAGGCAGUCGUCGUAUGAACUCAAAUGUGCCGAUUGUUAUGACACACAAAAAACUUAAGAAAGACAAUAAUAUCAAUAAUAAUAGUAAAGAUGAUAAUAUCAACCAUAAUAGUGAUAGCGAUUGUUUUGCUGAUGAAACUGACUUUAAUCACUUACUACAAGAUUUUGAGUUAAAAAACACUAAAUGAAUGGUUAAUACAUUUUAUAUGUAUAUAUCGGUAGUUUAUUUAUGAUAUAUUUAUUAAAUUUUAAUGUUAUUUGUAAAUUGAAUUAUUGUUACUUUAAUUAUGU